UGUCGUGCAACAUAAACGGAAUCUCAAGCCCCGGCGGCUGGCUCUCAUAUUCAAAUCGAACGAACAUCUAAAUACCCAUCAUGGGGUUCGUCUCACGCCUAAUCACCCUUUUCGGGCUCGUUCUGCUCGCUCAUGCGGGAUAUUCUGCUCACGAGCACACGGUUCUCUAUAGCAACGUCCAUCUUUCCUCGUCCUCAACUGCUCUGCCACAGGAUAUCGUGAUUGAAGCCCUAGUAUCGCUGGUCAUUGUAUCUACGGGACUUGUUCUAGGCGCGGAGAAAUUAAAGCCCGUUAGCUGGAGUGAGUGGGCUGCGGAGGUUCAGAGGGAGGGUGCUUCAAGGAACCCGUAUCAACGGUUAGAGGAUCGAUAUAGCUUUUGGGAUGUGCGGGCUAAGCGAAAAGAGUUUGCGGAUUGGAUGCGGGGUGAUAUCCCAUCAAAGGGCUAAUGGAAACUAGUCUGUCUAAUUAUAAGGCAUAUUUGGCGGCGUUGCUAUUGGCACAACAAUGUACAAAAUAGAGAGGAGCCUCUGAUGCACAAUGAUAUCUAUCUUUUUGGCCUGUCUGAAGCCGG